CGCCUGUCUGUCUGCCUGGGCUAGACUAGACGAGUGUGGGCAUUGGUGGGAUUCUGAUGUGGGACACUUUGGUGGGGAUGACCUGGUCGAUGAGGCCGUACUCUCGCGCCUCGUCGGGCGACAUGAAGAAGUCACGGUCGCAGUCCUCCUGAUUAGUAACAGUCACAAUGACACACACACACACACACAGAGACAGAGAGAGAGAUGCACGCAGCAAGAAAACGGUCCUCAGCACUCGGUGCACUCACCGCGAUUUUGUCGAGCGGCUGGCUUGUGAAGGCGGCCAUGUAAGUGUUGAGGAGCUGUCUUGUGUAGAGGAUUUCCUUGGCCUGAAUCUCGAUGUCGGCGGCCUGUCCCUGGGCGCCGCCCAGUGGCUGGUGGAUCAUGAUUCUGGCGUUGGGGAGACUCUUCCGCUUGCCCUUGGUGCCGGCGCUCAGCAAGAAGGCCCCCAUACUCGCCGCAAUCCCGAAGCAGACCGUCUCGACGUCACAGGGGACGAACUGCAUGGUGUCGAAAAUGGCUAAACCGGCCGUGACGGAGCCCCCCGGGCUGUUGAUGUAGAACUUGAUGUCCUUUGUGGGGUCUUCGUUGGCCAAAAACAGCAUCUGCGCCACCAACGCGUUGGCCACCUCGUCAGUCACCUGCACACAACACAUCAAUCCCAUCACACCUAAGGAUCUCCCCUGCUGACCCACCAUUAUUCACUCCUUGAGUGACUGACCUGGUUGCCGAGGAGCAGCACUCUGUCCUUGAGGAGCCGCGAGACGACAUCCAUCCUGCCCUCGUCCACAGUCGGCAUCACCACAGGCAGCGGCUGCCCCGGCCGCCCGGGGGUGUUUGGCGGCACCGCUGCACACAACAAAACAGAACAAAACACAUACACAGAGAGGCAAUGCACUCACUACAUCGGCUGUCUUGCCCCUCCCCCCCUCCCAUCGACGCACCAGGCGGCUCAUCCAUUGUGGGAGGCACCCACAGUGAGGACACCUCGCCCCUGUGCGCAUCUCGCCGGCUGCUUGUAGAGGUAGAGGUGGACAGCAGCCGCUGCAUGAGGCUUGUGCGGGAGGGGAGAGGGGGCGUGAAGGCGGAGAUCAGCGACACCAGCAGCACUGGCACCACCGCGGCAAGCGCAGGCAGCUGCAUUAUUGUUGUCUGUGUUGUGAUGGGAGCAGAU